GGUCUUUCCUUGAAAAUGUUGUACAUCAUUUUUUUUGGCUGGAAAUCGAGGCAGUGCCAUGGGUAGAUGGCUAAUAUUUGGCUUGUGGAGUUUUGGGAGAGGAAUGCAAGUAGUGGUGAACGGAUGGUGGUAGUAGUAGUAGUGUUGGUGGCUUUAGAUUUUCGGAGUGAUUUGAGUUUCGCUUUGAGGUUUGGUUGCCGUUGUGGUGACUGGUUUGCGGGAAUACUUUGGAGAUUAGGUCUUAUUUCUGUGGAUUGUGGUUGAAUCUGGUGGUUACGGAGUUGUCGUCCGGCCGUGAAAUUUGGAGCGGCAUAAGAUCCUCUGUCCGUUUUGUAGCGGUUUUUGCGCUUGGAGCUCGUUUCUUAGUUUUUUGAGGGUUUUCUGACAGAUGAGCAGAGGUUUCACAGGACUUGACUAUUGCAAAUAAAUACUGUGUUUGAAUUCAGAAUCAUCGUGCUACAGAGCUGUCGAAGAUGUGCGCUUAGGAUUGCGCACAAGUUUAUACCACACAGCUGGAAUAAGUAAACAGAAAAUAAAUAAAUAAAUAAAAAUUGGAGUUGAGCACGAGGACCUUGAACAAGCCGCACAUGAAUGCUGCGAGUGUUGAGAUGCUAGGUGUUAUGGUAGCAGGCUCCACAGUACCUGGCAUCCCUUCAGUGUCUGUGUCAGAAGAGGGCUCUAAAAAGAUUAGAAAGCCUUACACCAUCACCAAGUCGAGGGAAAGCUGGACUGAGCAGGAGCACGAUAAAUUUCUUGAGGCCUUACAACUAUUCGAUCGCGACUGGAAAAAAAUCGAAGCUUUCGUGGGGUCUAAGACAGUAAUACAGAUCCGAAGUCACGCUCAAAAAUAUUUUUUAAAAGUACAGAAGAAUGGAACUGGGGAACAUGUUCCUCCGCCACGACCGAAACGCAAGUCAGCUCAACCAUAUCCACAGAAGGCACCAAAAUGUGUACCAGCACAAGUACAAGUUUCAGAUGGUUUAAAUGCUCAAGCUGUGCAGGCAGAGUCUAGCUAUGGUACAGGUUCUCAUGUACCUCCCAUGUCCUCUGCUAGUCCGUCUGUAUCAGCCUGGGUUCAACAUUCAGUGUCUCCUAAUCCGAGUAUUUCAUAUGAUGCUCCUGGUAUCAAAUCAGAAGUUGAGGGCGUGAGUUUGACUGCAGUUCGCGCAUCUAGUAACAGCAUUAGUGGAAGUUCUCCUGGAGGGUGGCCACAACAUGUUCUUCCCGCAAGUCAAAUUGCACCUGAGUCUUGUAUACGAGCUGCUCCUGAUUUUACGGAAGUUUACAAGUUUAUCGGCAGUGUCUUCGACCCAGGUGUUUCCGGCCACCUUCGGAAGCUCAAGGAGAUGUCUCCUAUUGAUCGCGAAACGGUUCUACUUUUGAUGCGUAACCUCUCCAUCAACCUGGCCAGCCCUGACUUUGAAGAACAUAAACUAUAUCUCUCAGUUUAUGUUAAUAAAGAAAUAAAAGGAAAGUCCACUGGGACACAGGAUUUGACAAGUGCUCCAAGCGCUGCUGCUCAAUCUAGUUCGCAGGAUACUGGCGAAGAUACCUCCUCGGUUUCUGGUCAAGCUGGAACUCCUCAAUCCAACGCCUUAUUGGUUAGUCCAAGAAGUGGGGAUGCAGAUCAUACCCAACAAAGAGCAUCACUAUUGCUAGCAUAUUCAGACAACACCGCAGAUGCAGGGACGCCUCGAAGGCAUUCAUAUGAUGGAGGCGGAGCUAUUUCAGCUUCUUAUACUAGCUCUGGCGUUUCUCCUUCUCCUGGGGACCUUGAGCCGGUGUCAUUAGGGCCACCCUCUGCAGCAUUGCAGCCCCAGAUCCCUGUCCUGACAAUGAAACCGGAGAGGGUGUACUCUGCACCUAGUUUGCCCAGUUUGACUAGUUUACCCAGUUUGCCUGCAGGCUUAGUUGAUGGGAGUGUAGAUACUUGGUGGACUUGAAAAGAAUAGUCGCUUUACGAUCGAAAAUUUGUAUCAAUAGCAGUGUUACCGCGAGGUUCAGUUUUUGGGUCAACUGUGAAUAGGAUCUAGUUUGUGUCAAACGUAGACCAGCUUAUUGGCCUCGCGGAGAGUUUGAGUUUGUAGAGUGUUUGAUAGGUUGAUCAGAUUUUGUCUGACCGGUAUGAAGAGUGUGUAAUAGCCUGCGGUAUUUUUCCCCCUUUUAUUUUCUAGCUGGAGGUUGGACCUCUGAGUUUCUGAGAAUCUUGCGUGUACAUUUUCUAGCAAUCUCUCAAUAGUGAAUAAAUACACGAUGUUUUGAUUGUUCGGAGAUU